CGCCGCGAGACCUCGUCUCGACAGUCAGAGCAAAACAAGGCAGCGCCAGUGGCCUGCUUGAAGCGAAAGCAUGAAGUCUCUGCGCUUUCUCUCUUGUGAGGCCUUCGUCUGCAGCGGCCCAAGUGCUGAGCAAAAGCUGGCCUACGUGUCCUUUGACGCGUACCCGCCCCUCUUCAAGGCCUGCUACCUGCACGAGCGGCCCGAGUUGUUGCGAGCAUUGGUGUGCACAUGGCCGCUGCCUGAGCUGCACCUUCAAAAGCUGCUGUGCGAGACGCCCGACUGCCCCGACGACCUUACCUCGCGCACCUGCCGGCCGUGUCUCACUGCACUUUGUACCGGCUUGAAGGACUAUGUGUUGUCCCCGCCGAGCACGUAUGCCAAAAUCCUGCGCGCGGUGGACCUGACGUCCUUGAAGGAUGUGGAGCGGCAGGACUGCCCGUGCGGGACCACCCUGGGCCGCUGGGCUCGCACGGAGCUGCUGAGCCAGCUGUGCUACGAGACAGCGGCGGCCGUGCAGGACGACGACGAUGUGCCCCCCUCUGCAUUAGAAGCCGCCGUGGACGUGCGUGUUAAUGGCUUUGUCACGGGCCGCAACUACCAGCUGGUGACGCAGGCCUUGAUACUGGCGCACCACUCGCCCCUCAAGCUACGUUUCGUGACCUUCCGGGCCGAUUCGCUCGCCCUCAAGCAGCUCUUCUACGUCCUGCGGCUGGCCCAGCCCGAGCAUGUGACCAAGUUGGAAGUGGUGCACAACGUCCCGCUGGAGGCCGUCCACCUGGAGGUACUGCUCUCCAAGGUGGACUUCCCUAGAUUGUGCUCCCUCACACUGCCGACAGGCGCGCUGGAUGUCAGGAGGUUGGGAGCGGAUGAGCAACAGCUGAUGGGCGUCCUCGGGAACCUGAUGGCCAAGCUUGGCAGCCUGACCGAGCUCUGUGUGGGAUUCUCCACGCUCACGGGCCACCUGAGGAAAUUGCUCAGCCCCCUGCAGACACCGCUUGAAAGCUUGGAGCUGGCCAACUGCCGCCUGAGCUGCGUGGAUAUGACCUAUCUGGCCAACAGCCUGCACAGCGAGUACCUGAUGCGCCUGGACCUGAGCGGCCACCUAGUCCUUGACGACUUUGCCGCAGCCUUUGUCAAGCUGCUGGGCCGCUGCUCGGGCUCACUGGCCAGCCUGGUGUUGGAGGAGUGCGGCGUGGAGGAUGGGGUCGCCUUAGUGGAGGCACUGUCCCGCUGCCGGGCGCUGGAAGAGCUCAAGCUGCUGGGCAACCCUCUGAGCGCGCCGGCCCUGCGCAGGCUCGUGAGCUUCUUGGCGGCGGGGUUCUCUAAGCUGAGGUAUGUGGAACUUCCCGUUCCUCGUGAAUGCUACCCAGAGGACGCUGCGUACCCGCUGGACGAUGCUACCCUGCUGCGGUACGACGAGGCACUCUUCCGGGAGGUCAGGGAGCAGCUGCUGGCAAUCCUGGCAGGGGCCGGGAGAGGGGACAUGGAGCUGCGCACCCCCCUCAUGGGCGCCUACGACCCGGAUAUUCACGAGACCAACAAUGAACUGGGGGUGUCCAUGUUGACGUCCUUCAACAGCGUGAUGGGGAACUUCAUGGCGACCAUUACUGAAGUCAAUGACAGGAGGGCACAAAAGAACAAUUAAGCAGUCAGGUGGCUUAAUUGAUGCAAUGUUCAUCUUUGCCUUCACGUAGAAUGAAGGAACUCGAUGUCGCUUCUGACCCGAAGGCCUGAGCUUUGCCGUAUCCCGUCUCAACAUCUAAUGAAUCUAAUAAAAUAUUUGCUCAUGUCACAUACUUUAGAAAAUGACAGUGUAUGCAAUCAUUUCCAUGUCAAAAAAGCUGACUUCAAUAAAGAUAAACAGCUGACCUUUUUUCAAAAUGGACA